UUAGGAGAAGAAAGGGUUUCUAAAUUUGUGCCUGGGAUUCAUUCAUCAACUCAAUUAUUAUACAAAAGACAGUUUGCUCACAAAUUCUUGGGACUGCAAACCCUGAUCUGCUGGUGCAGGGGUGCACAAGAGACAGCCAGGGUCCCACCCUUGUAGCAUCAUAAGUCAUCCCGCAUCCUUCUCAGCGACUGAGGAUCUCAAAUGUUGGCGGGGGAGGUGGACCCCGAGACGCUGCUGGAGUGGCUGCAGAUGGGCACGGGCGAGGAGCGAGACAUGCAACUCAUUGCCCUGGAGCAGCUCUGCAUGCUGCUGCUCAUGGCUGAUAACGUCGACAGAUGCUUCGAGACAUGCCCACCUCGGACGUUCCUGCCUGCAUUGUGCCGCAUCUUCACUGACGAGAGCGCCCCCGACAACGUGCUGGAGGUGACCGCGCGCUCCAUCACCUACUACCUGGACGUCUCCUCCGAGUGCACGCGGCGCAUCACUGCUGAAGAGGGCGCGCUUAAAGCCAUCUGCUCCAGGCUCGUCGUCGCUGAUGUCUCCAGCUGCCGCACCAGCAAAGAUCUUGCCGAGCAGUGCAUUAAGGUGCUGGAGUUGAUAUGCACGCGGGAGGCGGGCGCUGUGUUCGAGGCUGGAGGUCUGACGUGUGUGUUAUCACUGAUACGAGACAACGGCAGCAAGGUGCACAAAGACACCCUCCACUCUGCCAUGUCUGUCGUGUCGCGACUCUGUGCCAAAAUGGAGCCAGCUGACCCCAACUUGUGUAGCUGCGUCGUAAGCCUGUCUACCCUCCUUGCUCAUGACGACCCCACGGUCUCUGAGUGCGCUCUUCGCUGCUUCGCCUCCCUCGCCGACCGCUUCACGCGCCGUGGUCAGGACCCUGUGCCUCUUGCAACAAACAACCUCCUGCAGCACCUCCUCAGGAAGCUGGCUGCUGCCGGGGCUCCGUCUAAAGACGCCAGCACAGAGGAGGUGUCCACAAGUCAAGACCCUGACGCCUCGACAUCCGCUGGUGCUGCAGGAGGUGGCGGCGGUGGCGGCGGUGGUGGGUCUUCAGCCAGCAAAGUGGCAGCGGCGUCCAUUGCCACGGUCAUCUCGCUGCUGUCUACCCUCUGCAGAGGCUCGUCUAUCAUAACUCAGCGCGUUGUGCGAGGCGAGCUUUUGAACGCCAUAGAGCGCGCGCUGACCGGCGAGGAGCGCGUCGUGCUGGACACCAUGCGUCUGACUGACCUGCUGUUGGUGCUGCUCUGUGAGGGACGAUCUGCCCUCACCAGACCUGCCACUGCCCCUACGCCAGGCAGCAGCGGCGGUGCGAGCAGUGGCAUGGCAGCGUCGAUCAGCAGCAGCAGCAGCAGGGCGGCACGACGUCUGGACAGCGCGGGAGAGAAGACUCAUCGUCAGCUCAUCGACUGUAUCAGGAGUAAAGACACCGAUGCCCUCAUAGACGCUAUCAGCAGUGGCGGUUUCGAAGUAAAUUUUAUGGACGACGUUGGCCAAACUCUGCUAAAUUGGGCCUCAGCAUUCGGGACCCAGGAAAUGGUCUCGUUCCUGUGUGAACGCGGCGCUGACGUCAAUAAAGGUCAACGUUCCUCCUCUCUCCAUUAUGCUGCUUGCUUCGGCCGCCCUGCCAUCGCUAAGGUACUCCUCCGGCACGGCGCCAACCCCGACCUCCGGGACGAGGACGGCAAGACUGCCCUUGACAAAGCUCGCGAGCGAAACGAUGAGGGACACCGGGAAGUUGCCACCAUCCUCCAAAGUCCCAGUGAUUUUCUCCUCAUGCUUCCUCCUGGAUCGUCCAUUGAUGCCGGUGCUUCUAUCAACCCAGCAGCUACAGCCUCUUCCAGCGGCGAAGUUGUUGCUUCCACUACCGCUGCCGCUGCUGUGGUCUCCUCGGGCGACUCGGCUUCGUCCACCGCGAACUCGAGUUCUGUCCAACACCCAACUGUUGUAGCUACCUCUUCUUUACCGUCAAUUUGUGCAACAUCCAGUGACUCCAAUGCAUCGGACGUUGCGCUCGCUUUAAGUAUAUCUGAGGGUAUCAGUAUGGACGCUGAUUCAUUGGCAUCAAACCCUGCACCCACAAGUUCCUCGUCUAGACCCGCCCCAUCUCGGUCGGCUCCAGGCUCCAUUGACGAUCCCUCAUCCAGCAUCACGCCCAUAACAUUCCCCUCUUCAUCCUCCAUCUCGUCCACCAUCGACACCGCUACCGCGUCACCCCGAACCACCAUCACCGCCGAUGCCUCAGGCUUGAAAGGCGAUGCAGAAAUGGCUCCUAUAUACCUACGGCGUCUGCUACCCAUGUUCUGCCACACAUAUCAGAGCAGCAUGGUUCACUCUGUCAGGAGAGCAGCAUUGUCGCUGCUCAGGAAAAUACUUCAUUAUAUCCCAGCGCCAUUACUUACUCAAUUGUGUGAGAAGGGAUCGCUGGCCCCGACACUAGUUGAGGUUAUGAGUAGCGUGCUGAGCAGCGAAGAAGAUGAAUCAGCACAGCUCAUCGGCCUACAGAUGCUACAGGACGGCCUCAGUAAAGCUGGUCCGGGGCUCCUGGAUCACUGCGCCAGACUGGGCUUGGUUUCCAAGGUUGCCCAGCUAGCUGGGCCUGUUAUGACGGGACACGAAGAAGAUGACUUGGAUAAGGGUUCGGAAGCUGGAGGUUCUUGUGAAGGCCAGAGCAGCAACCAAGAGGCGAAGGAAAUCUUGUGUGGCAACGCGUACCACUGGCGCGACUGGUGCAUAGCGCGAGGUCGUGACUGCCUCUACAUCUGGAGCGAUGCUGCUGCCCUCGAGCUCAGCAACGGCAGCAAUGGGUGGUUCAGAUUCAUCCUCGAUGGUAAACUGUCUACCAUGUAUUCUUCUGGGAGCCCAGAAGGCGGAUCUGAGAGUACAGAGAAUCGAAGCGAGUUUGUGGAGAAAUUGUCCAGAGCAAAAUGUGGGGUGGGGCCUGGCACGGCCAGUCAGCCCAUCCUGUCGUCGCCCUCUGACCACACCAUAACAGUGGGCAACUGGGCGCUGCAAUGCAAAAAGGAGGGUGAGCUGCACAUCCAGAACUCAGACGGGCAGCAACAAGCAACCAUCCUGCGAGAAGAUUUACCAGGGUUUAUAUUUGAAAGUAACCGCAACACCAAACAUUCCUUCACCGCUGAGACGUCACUGGGCCCCGAGUUCCACACUGGCUGGACUGAACGACGUAGAAAGAGGUACCGCAACAAGUUGGCUGCUGUGAAACAAAAGCUGCGCAGUGAGGCGGAAAUUGUGUAUGAGAAAUAUCUUAAGGCUGCACAGACCUCUCCUCGCGGGGUCGUUGCUAAACUUAACAACAUUGUUAGCGUCAUCAAUAAAGCGUGUCAGAAACAGGCAAGUUCGAAGCGCGGCAGCAGCAGUGGCACCGAAUGGCAGGAGCUGCUGACUACGGCCUUGCGUGAGCUGGCAGAGCUCCUGACCGCCACAACUAACACAGUGUCAGCGUAUGAGCUGGAGUCGUCAGGCAUUGUGCCUGCACUGCUGCUGCUGCUUGCACCAUAUCAGGAAGUUAUGCCCCAACACACCGUCUAUGAUUUCUCUCAGACUGGCGCCUUGCCGGCGUCUACUCCGACAUCGGACAACAAUCGUGACAACAGCAUCAAGGAAAACAAAGUCGUCUCCACAGCUCUAUCUGCCCGCAGAGCCAACAAACUUCUCAAGCAGCGAAGGAACAUUUUCCAGAAAUGCUUUGCCGAUCACGUGCAGGAAAGCACUUUACAAAACUUGGUGAAUGACACUUCUCCGGAUUCGUUGAACAAUACCAUCAAUUCGAUCACUUCACUCCCAAGUGCUAAUUCCGCAAACUCAGUUGAGGAUGACGAAGUUGCAUCCUCUAUCGCCAAAUCUAAUUCUGCCAACGUAGAAGUAGGACUUUCAUUGAAUGAAGCCAACUUAGGCUCGAAAUCAAACUCCGCUAGUGAGACUUCAGGAACGGUCCGCAAUAAUGGUACCAAAGUUAGCCCUGGUACCCAGCUUGUACGGCACCUUAUUUCUGUGUUGGAAAGCUGCGAGAAGCUUCCCAUGUUCACCUAUGACAGUCCUGGAAUAAAUAAUGGCCUUAUAGCUCUCACCAGGAAACUCAGAUUCAGAUUAGAAAGAGCGCCAGGUGAACAUGGCCUCAUCGAUCGCACAGGACGCACCCUCAAGAUGGAACCGUUGGCCACAGUUGAGCAACUGGAGCGUUACCUACUUAAAAUGGUGGCCAAACAGUGGUACGACCUCGACCGAACAAGUUUCACUUACAUCAAGAAAAUUAAGGAGACGCCGCGACUCAACUUUAAUUAUGUCUCUGAUUUUGAUGAAAAUGGCCUCUUCUAUUGGAUCGGCUCCAAUGCCAAGACCUCGUAUGAGUGGGUGAACCCUGCUUCGGUCGGUCUGGUGAUGGUGACAUCAAGCGACGGCCGCAACCUGCCUUACGGACGCCUCGAGGACAUUCUCAGCCGCGACGCUUCUGCUCUCAAUUGUCAUACAAACGACGACAAGAGGGCAUGGUUUUCUAUAGACCUGGGGCUCUGGUUCCUGCCUUCUGCCUACACCCUCCGACAUGCUCGGGGCUACGGCAGGUCUGCCGUUAGGAACUGGAUGUUCCAGGCUAGCAAGGAUGGCACUCUAUGGGUAACUCUCAGUCAUCACGUGGAUGACACAAGCCUCAAUGAGCCCGGCAGCACCCACACAUGGAGUGUCAAGUGUCCAGCUGAUGAGAAGAUGGGAUACCGUCACAUCAGAGUGCAGCAAAGCGGCAAGAAUUCGUCCGGCCAGACGCACUACCUCUCGUUGUCUGGUCUGGAAGUCUAUGGCUGUGUCACGGGAGCCUGUGUCGAGCUUGGCAAACAAGCUAAGGAGGCUGAGGCUGCUCUACGCAAACAGAGGCGUCUCGUAAAGCAACAGAUGCUGAAAAAAAUGGUGGUCGGGGCCCGAGUUGUCCGAGGCAUCGACUGGAAGUGGCGAGAUCAGGACGGGUCUCCUCCUGGUGAAGGCACAAUCACAGGGGAGCUGCACAACGGCUGGAUCGACGUCACGUGGGACCACGGCGCCUCUAACAGCUACCGCAUGGGAUCUGAAGGUGGCAAGUACGAUCUUAAGCUUGCCCCAGGCUAUGAAACCACAUUGGCGUCACUACAGCAGUCAUCUGCUGCUGCCACUACCGCCAGUGCAGUCGUCUCAGCUGUGAUGGCAAGCAUCAGUGAUGCAGCCAUUGUGGGCGCUAACUCGAGCAGCAACAGCGUGUUAACGAGUCGUAAGUGUUCCUCGACACCGUCGUUACCUCAAGCAACUGCUGAUAAAACUUCAGAUUCAAGUGUCGCCGAGCAGGCUGUCUCUGAUGACAAUCUGUCCGUUAAGCAAGCCGCUGAAGCCAUAGCGGAGAGCGUCGUUAACGUAGCCAGCGCCGAGGCUCUUCUUGGGGCGAGCGGUGAUACCGCAAACCGAGUUUCUCUUGACGACAAGCUUGCAUCGCUUGUGUCUUCACUCGCCUUCGGAGAUGCUGCACUUGAUGCCGUCGCUGGCCUAAGCGAGGCUUUACAAGGAUCUUCUUUCUCUCAGGUCUCGAGCCGUCUUUCGGCGGCAGCACCCCAGCAGCAGCUGCCAUCCAGUCGUGUGCACUCCCAAUCUCUGUCUCGCCUUCAGUCGCAAUCUUCCACCACCUCUACGACCUCUGCUCACUCUCUGCCUCCAUCUUCGCUCUCAGACAACUUGGAGGUGAUGGAACUGUCGUCGCUUCUGUCCCCUGUCCCUCCAGCGCUUCCACAACGGUCUUUGCCAUCACUUAAUGAGCCUCAGGGCUCUCUUGACUUGUCCUCCGUAUCCCACUUGAUGGCGCAGUCCAACCAGAGUCUUGCUGACGCCGCCUCUCAAGUUCUUGGAAACGAACCUUCAUCGAAAAGUGGAUCCUCUCAGGCUAAGACAAGCUCGCAGUCCGGCACCAAUAACAGCAAAGGUCCGAUGAGUGUGAGCGAACCUAAUCUUCCUACAAGCGUGGCUUCCCUCACUCAUCACCUUUUGGAGAGUUUCGCGGCCGCUGCAUCUAGGCGAGCCAACAACCAAAACAACCCACCCUUAUCAUCCGCAUCUGCCGCCAACAUCGCCAAUAUUUCUAGUCUCGCACCCAACAUUGGCACUAUGCCUGCUAGCCUCUCGUCAAACCUGUCCAACAUUGCAGGCAUUGGCGGCAGCAGCUCCAUGGCUUCUUCCUCCUCUCUCUUUGCUGGACCGUCCAACAAUCAAUUGAGCAGCAGCGGAGUGUCGUCAGCCGCAUCUUCAGGCGCUGCUUCUGGCGUAGGAGGACUGUUUGGCUCCAACACGCACCACUCGGUGUCCAGCCUUGUGCGUUUGGCGCUCUCCUCUCACUUGCCUGGCUCAUCAAGUGGGAACUCGUCCACGACAGCACCUCCCGCCUCUCUGUCGUCUAUUUCCUCUGGCCUAGCGAGUCUUAGUGGAGGCUUGGGUAGCCUAAGUAGCCUCAGUGCUGGUCUAAAUACUGGCCUCAGCAGCUUAGGAGGCCUUGGAGGUCUUGGUGGUGUGGGCAGUGGCCUUAGUGGAGGACUUGGUGGCCUUACUGCUGGGCUCUCUACGGCACUCACGUCGCCGAGCUCUCUAGUCUCUGCUUGCAACAGCAGCAAUCAGCAGCAAACUGCGUCGGCCUAUCACUAUUCUUCUGCAACCACGACGGCAGGAGGAGCUGGUAGUUCUGUCAGUUCAGCAGCCAUGGCUGGCAACCAUGCGUCCUUGUCUCACGGCUUGACUAUGAGUCUUACUUCUACCUCCAGCGAGAGCGAGCAGGUCAGCCUUGAGGACUUCCUUGAAUCGUGUCGGGCCAGCACGCUCCUAGCAGAACUAACUGACGAUGAGAUGCCGGAGCAUGACGAUGAUGACAACGAUGAAGACGAUAAUGAAGACGACGAUGAUGAAGAUGAUUAUGUCGACGAUGACGACGAUUGUUAUGAGGUGCGCGGUGGUGUGAGCCUUGCCAGCGGUGGCGGUGCUAACGUCGGGGGCAGCCGCGGUGUUGGCAUGUCAGGCCGCCGACGAGGCUGGGACGAUGAUCACGUCAUCAAGAGAACCUUCUCGUGCCUCAUUCCUGCUUUCGAUCCCAGGCCUGGUCGUGUGAAUGUUCACCAAACUCAAGAUUUAGAAAUACCGCCUCCUGGCACCACUCCAACCGUUGACCCGUCAAGCACUUCCGAGCCCCUGUCUGGUCCGCGACUGAGUUUGGUUUUGCGUGGCCCAAAUUUGCCUGGCAUCCCCGACGUUUCCAUUCCUCUGAACAAUGUGCCAGCUGCUGCGGCCGUCGGUCAACCCAUUGGCAGUUGCAUCAUCAGCGAACCUCAGACUUCACACUUUUCUCUGCGUCAACAUUCCACUUCCUCUAGCAACCCUCUCGCGUCGUUCCAACAUCUCGCUGCAAAGAAGGGCAAGGGGAGAGUCAAAUCUUCCUCUCAAUCUCCUGAGAUAGGAACCGGAAUACAUCCUGGCUUUGUCAACCUGAUGGACCCCGACAUUCCUUUCCUUGUAUCGUCCGGCAUGACUCGCAUGGCCUCAGACGAUGAUACAAUCACCGGCAUAAGCUCGAACAAGUCAUCAGCAAACACAACUCCUACAAAUAUUGCUCAUGAUUUUACCGACGCUUCGUUUAAAGAUGUCUCGUCCUACGCCUUUGAAAUGCCGGCAUCCGCAAUGCCUGUUACAUCUGCCUCUGGCGCCGCCACGACGCCUCUCUCGUCACGGCCUUUUUCUGCCAUCGCGGACGGUAGCUCAUGUCCUCCGCGAGGUGGAGUUGCAUAUACCGACCCUGUACCUCUGUUGGAACCUUCGCAGUGUCUCGCCAGCGCCCCUGACACCACGAUAUUUGCAGCUGUACAGAACCUAAUGAACUGUGUACCCUUCCAAUCACGGCAAGAGAAACUACGCAGGAUUUGGGAGCCGACAUACGUUUUAGUGUACAGCGAAGGCGCAGAAAAUACUUACGAUCCUCUGGCUUCAACUACUUCCUCAACUCGACGUCCAUGCCGUACUUCUAUUCUAUCCCCUGCUCCCGGCUCUUGCUACUCAAUGGCUGACGCCAAACCUUCCGCACAAUAUGCGGGCACUUUGGAAACUACGGUGGAACAAGUCCUGCAGCUUCUGCGUCACUUGUACGUCAUGUCCAAUGAACACGAAAUCGACGAGCGUGCUGUGGAGAAACCCAAGUUGAUCGUGCGGAGAGAGGAGUUUGAAUCUAAGAAGAUAGCAAAUAAAUUGAGUCAGCAAAUCAACGAGUCACUGUCGUUGGCCUGUAGUGCUCUGCCGUCGUGGUGCGAAGACCUGAACUAUGGCACGCCAAUGCUCUUUGAUUUUGAUACUCGCAUGCAGUACCUCACCACUACCGCCUUUGGUCCUGUGCGCUCUCUGGUGUGGCUGCAAGCCAAACGGGAAGGCGGCUCAGCAACUGAACGACGCACGGGAGUGGUCGCUAGUGGUGGCAGCAGCGCGUCUGUGUCGCAUCGUCGCGACGACCCUCACGACUACCGCGUGGGGCGUCUCAAGCAUGAACGCGUCACCGUCCCCAGAGGACCUGAUCUACUCAAGUGGGCCAUGCAAGUUAUGGCAGUGCACUGCCGCCGCAAGAGCAUCCUGGAAGUGGAGUUCAAGGAUGAAGAAGGUACUGGCCUCGGUCCAACGCUGGAGUUCUACGCGUUAGUAGCUGGCGAACUGCAGAGGUGCGAUCUUGCCAUGUGGUUGUGUGAUGACCCACCAUUGACUCCCACGCCUCACCACGUACAUCCUCAACAGCAUCACGCGCAGGCCAUUCACGACCAUGCGCAUGCAGUGCUCCACGCUCAUGCGCUCGUCCGGGAUGAGGAUGACUGCCCGCUUGAGGAAGACGUGGGCCCCAGCACCAUGGAAAUGGCAGUGCAAUUCUCACCCUCCGAUGACUUGACUCAAUUGCACGAGGACACGCCCCACUUGGAGACGUUGAGCAGCGAACAGGGCGAGAGUAAACCUCCUGGAUAUUACGUGCGUCGUAAAGGUGGUCUUUUCCCUGCUCCUCUACCUCAGGACAGUGUACAGUGUGACCGCGCAGUUACGCUCUUUCACUUCCUUGGAGUGUUCCUUGCUAAAGCUCUUCAAGACAACAUGCUCGUGGACAUUCCUCUUUCAAGGCCCUUCUUAAAAUUCAUGUGCCAAGGCGAGUUUGGCUACGUCAAGGACCGGUCUGUUUUACAGGAGUUAAAACUGAAACAUGAUUCCAACAGCUCGAGUCUAAGCGCCAGCAUGGAUUCUAUCUCGUCGUCGGUGACAUCUUCUAUGGCCUCAUCGAUGAUCAGUGACGACGGAGUUGAAUUUAGUGGGCGUGGCGAUCUCAGUGACCGAAGCGUUAGAGAUCGCAUGCAGCAAGAUACCGAUCCUUGGUUUAGCGGGAUCCUGUCGUUGGACGACAUUACCGAGGUGUACGGCGAGUAUGGGCAAUUCCUGCAGCAACUUGGCACGUUGGCUGCUACUAAGCACGCCAUUCUCGCCGAUCCUCGUCUCACGCCUCAACAGCGCACUCACCAGCUCGCCAAUCUAACUCUACCUCCUCCUCCCAAAAGUCAUCCUUUGGAUCCUCCUCCUCCUGCAGCCCGACUUGAAGAUCUGUGUCUCAGCUUAGAAUAUCUGUCUCCUUCGAAACACCUCGGUUACUCCUCGGUGGAUCUUGUGCCAGGCGGUAGUAUGAUUGACCUCACGAUCGAUACGCUUGACGACUACCUAUCCCUUACCCUCAAAUGGAUUCUUCGUUCAGGCAUCAAGAGACAAAUGGAGGCAUUCAGCGAUGGCUUCUGCAAGGUGUUCCCUAUGAGCAAGCUGGGAGCAUUCAGCCCCGAAGAGCUUCGAUUGUUGCUGUGCGGAGAACAGUCACCCCAAUGGACCAGAGAACACAUCCUCCAGCACACAGACCCAAAACUCGGAUAUACGCGCGAAUCCCCUGCAUUCCUGCGGCUCGUAAACGUCCUUGUGGGCCUGACAGGAGAGCAGCGUAAAGCUUUCUUGCAGUUCACCACGGGCAGCUCGACCCUUCCUCCUGGCGGUCUUGCCAACCUAUACCCUCGCCUCACCGUCGUCAGGAAGGUUGACGCGGGUGACGGUUCAUACCCGAGUGUGAACACUUGUGUGCAUUACCUCAAGUUGCCAGACUACUCAUCUGAAGAUAUUAUGCGAGAACGUCUCCUCGCAGCCACCAAAGAGAAGGGCUUCCAUCUAAACUAAGAUAUCAUCAUCAUCAGAACAGUGAUCUCUGUCUUAAAUGGUUUAUUAGUGUCAUUUCAAGCAUCGUAAAAUCACGUAUUGUUUUGUUCAGUUUUGUUCACCGCCUUUGGUAAGGUCACUUGCAUAAUUCUGCACUUGAUUUCAUUGAAUUCGAUUGGGAUAUAGUACAAACAAAUAAUACUCCCUAUCCAAUCAGGCCGCGAAAAUAUUAAUUUUACUCUCGUUCAAUUGCAUAACUAAUAAUGAUCGCAUUUCAUUGAGCUUUGAGCUCACCGCUCUCCUUCAUUUGAUAUUGGGCAGUUUUUGUGCAUGAACUUCUUGCACUCGCUCUCACAUUAUACGAAGCUUAUGUUAGGGUAAAAUACUCGUUCUCCAAUUGUGAAUGUUGAGAUUUUAUGCUCAUCGAUAAUUACAACUUCUUUCUUAGUCUGGCAUUAAUUAGGCAUUGUCCUUCUAUUAUUUGAUACGCCUUCAAGGUUGACUAGCGGACCAAAAUGCAUUACUAACUUCGUAUAAUAAUACUAAUUGCGAAAUUACAUAUAAUCACCUCGUUUCCAACUAGGAAAAAAGUCAACGAUGGAAAAACCUUGAAAUUAUUAUCGGUGUUAAUGCAAUGAUUCAACUAACUGAUAACACUAACUAACUUUGGCAAAAAUAUUUGCUAUUGACGUUGACUGCAGUUGCUGUUCAUAUUGAUGAAUGAGACAAAAAAAAAGAGAAGCAAUUUAAUUUCUAAUCUAACUUCUAAACUUUUAAUUGAAAAUAGUUAAUAGUCUGCUAUUUAAAGCUGUCAGCUUAUCUGAUGCUUCGACUAUUUUCUUAGUCCUUAUCAAUGAUUUGUUUGGAUAAUGAUGCUGGACAUGGGCGUGGAAAUUAGGUCUAUGAUACGAAGUCGUAUUAUCAUUUUGAAGACGUCAUUCACUAUCUAGAAUUUUCCCAAAAUUAAGUUGGUAUUGUGUCAAGAAAUCAGCAGAUUUCAUAAAAACUCGUGAACCUCGUGAUAAUUACUAUGAAUAACUUAGAAUCUGUAUUUCUGUGCUAUAAUUCAUUCCUUUCACUGUACCAGAUCUUUGAGUUCGCCUAUCGUUUUUUUUUAAUUUAAAAAUCCAAUUUGUUUGAUUUUUGUUACAUCUCACGUUAUGAGCAGUAGCUGCGGGAGAUAUGCUGGGGCUCUGUAGUAGGUAGUGAGCCGCCUUCAGCGCUUUAUAGUAUUUGAAAGUAGUUGUAUCCCACAUAAUACCAUGCAUAUAACAGUAAUAGCUGGAGAGCACAACGUGUCAAUGAACAACCUCUAUUAUACUCUAGAUUGUGUGAUGAAAACUUCUUAACUGGCGCAGCUGCUACUCAUAGAUGUAAAUAGUCGUGAUAAAUUUCCCUCCUUGGGGGCUGUGGUGUCUGUUUUCUAAAUAGAUAGCAAGAGGUUCUUUGUUCUUGUUUGCUGUGGCGUAUGGUAGUUGAUAAGUUGCGGCUCCGCUGCUCGAUGAAUUCUUUUGCAUAUUUCGCUGUUGGUACAUAUGAUGCAAAUUUUGUGUACGUGUAGUAUCCAUGCGUAUAUAACUUAUCGAAAGUAUAUUCUAUAGCUCAAAUAGUUGUCCUACGUGACGUAGCCAGCUCUAUAUACUGCCCUAUUCAUCGUUAUGGUAAAUCCGCACGGGCUUUGGCUCCGCGGGAUUAUGCCUCCUGAAAAUUCAAUUUUCUUCUGCUACUGUCGUUCUUUCAAUAUUGAUAUGAAAUAUCCUAUCCAGGGUGAGUUUUCCUUCAUAUCAGCGAUGUAAACAACAAAUUUAAUUGUGGAUCUAUUAAAACUC